AUGAAUCAAGCCCGGGAUCGAAUAGCUAAGAGCAAUACAACCAACGCCUUCGAUAUGAGUCCUACCUCCGAGAGCUCCUUACAGAUGUUAGAUGAAGUCGACACAGCGUUGAAGUUUACCGAGGAUAACAACUCAUUGUCCGGCGUAUUUUGCCCUAGUGAUGCUCCACUGGUGAAUCUCCAUGAUAUUUGUAGCGGUUACUCAUUAGAAACCAGUGAAAACGGCUACGAAUCCACCAGCGUUGAGGUGAUCUGCGAUCUUUGUCAUAAGCCGAUUUUUCGUGAUCGGUUACGACCGAGUGGCUGCCAAUGCAGGGAAGCCGGCACGUUGAACGUCGUUCCACGGGACACGCCACCUGUUGUUCUCACAAGAGCGUCUACUGCCGACGAUACCGCAUCGUCAUCCAGCCAACACACAGUGAUUCCAGCUCGACCUCCUCCAAAGCCAUCAGAACUG